AAAUUAAUUGGUAUCAUAUCCAAAGCAAGCUAAAACCCCACCCUUUUCCACUCACCAAAAAAAAGGGGAAAAUGCUAUCCUCAGCCCAAACCCCACGCUUUCUCCGCUCCACCACCGCCACCGCCACCACCUCUCUCAAAUGCCUCCACACUUCCCCAAUCGCCACCUCCGCCGCAAUUCCGCCGCCGCCGCCCUCCCAAAUCCUCACCACCCGCAAAUCCCUGCUCUCCCGCCAAACCUCCGCCGUGGACCUCGCCAAAUCGUUUCUCCACCGCCUCCGCCGCAGCGAGCCCCAACUCAGCAGCUUCCUGUACGUCUCUCCCGACGAAACCGUUUUAAAACAGGCCGAGGAUUUGGAUAAGAAGAUUAAGAACAAUGAGGCGGUGGGUCCACUCGCUGGGGUUUUGGUCGGGGUUAAGGAUAAUAUCUGCACACACGAUAUGCCCUCUACUGCCGGAUCGAAGCUUUUGGAGAAUUAUCGUCCGCCGUACGAUGCCACGGCUGUGAGGAAGCUGAGGGAGAGUGGAGCCAUUGUUGUGGGGAAGACCAAUUUGGAUGAAUUUGGGAUGGGCAGUACAACGGAAGGCUCUGCUUAUCAAGUGACGGCUAAUCCAUGGGAUUUGACGCGGGUCCCGGGAGGAUCAUCAGGCGGCUCAGCUGCAGCUGUAUCAGCCAGACAAUGCAUGGUGGCUUUGGGAAGUGAUACAGGUGGCAGUGUUAGGCAACCAGCUUCUUUUUGUGGUGUUGUUGGACUGAAGCCGACUUAUGGGCGUGUCUCGAGAUAUGGACUCGUGGCUUAUGCUUCGUCCUUGGAUGUUAUUGGAUGCUUUGGUUCGUCUGUUGCUGAUGCUGGAAUUCUUCUUCAGGCGAUUUCUGGACAUGAUAACUUCGAUGCAACAAGUAGCAAACAGGAAAUUUUCGACUAUGCAUCACAGUUUAUUUCAAUAGAUGACAUGGAAUCUAAACCCUUGCAAGGACUGAAAGUCGGUGUUAUUCGUGAAACCCUUGAAGAUGGAGUUGACUCGGAAGUGAUCUCCUCAAUCCGUAAUGCUGUUUCCCAUUUAGAAGAUCUUGGAUGCACUGCAUCAGAGGUCUCCUUGCCGUCAUUCUCCCUUGGUUUACCGGCAUACUACAUUCUUGCUUCCUGUGAAUCGUCGUCAAAUUUGUCUCGCUAUGAUGGUGUUAGAUAUGGAAACCAAGUCUUUGGUGAUGAACUUAGUUCUCUUUACGGGGAUUCCCGCGCACAAGGGUUUGGUUCCGAGGUUAAAAUGAGAAUUCUAAUGGGUACAUAUGCUCUAUCCGCUGGUUAUUAUGAUGCAUAUUACAAGCGUGCACAACAGGUGAGGACCAUAAUCCGAAAGAGCUUCAAAGAUGCUUUAGACAAAUACGAUAUCUUGAUAUCUCCCGCUGCUCCAUCUGUCGCUUAUAAGAUUGGUGAGAAGAAAAAUGACCCAUUGGCCAUGUAUGCAGGAGAUAUAAUGACUGUGAACGUGAACUUGGCCGGUUUACCUGCAUUGGUUUUACCGUGUGGAUUUGUUGAAGGGGGCCCCGCUGGCCUGCCUGUUGGAUUUCAAAUGAUUGGAGCAGCAUUUAACGAGGAGAAGUUGUUAAAGAUAGGCCACAUUUUCGAGCAAACGCUCCAAGGUUGUUCUUUCAUUCCCCCACUUGUAGCUGACGAAGCGACUUAAUAAUCACCCCGUUUCUCUGUCGUUGCUUGGUGGAUGCAAUAACUUUGGGUAGGUUUUAACAAGAAUGAGAGAGGAUUAUAUUCUUUUUGUGCAGUUUCACCUCUGCCAACAGAACCGUCAAAGAGAACAAGUUCCUGCAUUCGCUUUCGUUAAAAGCCAUUGAGUUUAUGGUGCAAAAGUGUAACAAUUAAAUUAAUUGCAUUGAUUAUGAAUGAUGUAUUUCAAUUCUUGUGAUUUGAAUAAAUUUUUAUUUAUGAUGCGUUUAAUUCAAACGACUAUUUUCGUUGUUA